AUGUUGACCCUUGCCCCUCAGUCCGUCUGCGACGUGUGCGCAGAGGAGUACGGCCCCCAACAUCUCCCCCAUUCCAUCCCCUGCGGUCAUGUCUUGUGCGAAACAUGUUGCAAGAGUAUCAUCGAGAAAGCCCCCCCUCGUCUUGCACCCGCAUGUCCGUUUUGUCGCGAGCACUUCACGAGCGAAGGCAUCCGCAAAGUUCGCAUCGACUUUCCUGUCACCAGCGGGCGUAACACCCCUUGGCGGCCAAUAAUCGAGGCGAACGAGCCUACACACGACUACUCGCUCGCGAAGGAGGAGGAAAUCAUCCUUGUGGAGCGCACAUCCAAUCGAUCACCGCGAUCCGACGCUCGACGACUUGAGGACAAGGUGGCUAAGAUUGCCGGAAAGCGUUGCUCGGUGGAGGAGGUCUCCACACUUCACAAGGAGAUUUCUGUGUGGCUGGAAGCGAACCCCAAGGACACGCCCAUCUCCCUCACGCUCAGUGCUGCCCUUCUUUACGCCAUCCUGAUCAACUACCAGGCCCACUAUGACGCCACCAAGGCCUCGAAGGAACGCAUUGAGCACCUCGAGAAUGAGCUCCGCAGCAAAAAUGCUCAAUACGAGCGUACAUCGCAAGAAUGUCAGACGCUGAUGGCGGAAAUUAGCCGUCUGAGGUUCAAGUCAACGCCCACCUCGCCAAGUAUCACAUCCUCCACCACGAGCUCCUACUUCCCUGGGCCCGUCGAUACCUCUUCCCUUCGCCUUACAAAGUCAGCAGCGACCUCCCCUUACAAUAGCCCCCCGACCAUCAGCUCUAGCCGACUUCCCGCAAUCUCUCCUCUUCACAGCCCCAUCCACAGUCCGCCGAUGCAGACUCUGUCUCCCCCUAAAAUGCCGUCGUCCUUGUCGACACCUUCUCCCGGUGGCCAGCAUUAUUCGCCCCCGGUUACGCCUACGCCCCCGCACCCUGCCACGGCGAUCACUCGCUCCAAAUCCAGCGCAGCUACCUCGUCCUCACACACUCGCUCGGCUUCCGCCUCCAUUUCGCAGUCAUUGCUUUUCCGCAGCGAUACCCCGACGACGCGCUCGCACACGCCCUCCAUCCGCUCUCACACCCCAGGCCCGCGCUCGCACACUCCAAUUCGCUCGACUACGCCGUCCCUGUCGACUUCGAGCGCGUAUGCAAGGCCCAUUUCGCCACCGCCACCGCCAGUGCCACCGAUGCCGACCAGCGCCACCCGCAAGACACGCACGCUCUCUGUGUCUUCUCCCGGCGCGCCCAAGAUCGUCCGGUCCACGUCAGACGACGAGCGGCACCUGGGCAUCGGCGGCCAUUCCGAUAAAGAGUCGAUUCGUGCCAAGUCGCCCACCGGAAUCUUCUCUCGCUGGGUACCGUCGGCGCGCCCUGCCUCUACCGCCCCGAAAAGGCAGUUGUCCGCGACGCCAGCUCCCCGGACUGCGUUUGGCUCGACGGUCCCCCCCAGCUAUCCCACGCCAUCUGCGACGCCGACGCCGACGCGCAGGCUCUCGGUAUCGCGCGCAUCCAUCUCGACGCCUCACCGCAUCCAGACCCCCAUGCGGGCAGCUGGCUAA